GAACACACCUUAUAUGAAAAAUGUUCGCUCAGGUUAGCCAAAAGAAAACAAACCGUGCCCAUCGUUACUGUUGGUGUAAACAAAACUGCUAUAUGGUCCCAAAAAAAUAAUUCUGUUUGGUUUUCAAGUCGUGGACUGGAGUAAUCGCGCUUGAACAUAUUUCAAGAUGAGCGAUCCACCAUCAGACUAUGGAAAUGGUAAACCUCAGGCCCAACCACAUGGACGAAAAGUAGGUCCUGCGCCACAACAAUUUGGACAAGAAGGUCCGCAGCCACAGCCAUUUGUACAAGAAGGCCCACAGUUACAACCAUAUGAUCCAGAUCAAAUGAACCCCCAGCAACAAUACGGCCAACAUCCGCAACCAAUGAUGAUGCAUCCCCAACAGCACACUUCCACUACCGUGAUCGUCCAGCAACCGACAGCCGUUAAGAGCGACCGUAUCCUUGGCCUUAAAGACGGACAUAGAGAAUGGAGCAGUGGACUUUUCUCUUGUUUUGAUGAUGUUGGAAAAUGUAUGUGGACAUGGUGCUGCCCGAGUUGCGUACUAGCUGAUAUCUCCGCUAGGCUUGGAGAAUGUUCUUUCGUGACAUGUUGUGUUCCCGGGGGAAUCGCUACUAUCCGUACACGUGUUCGAACUCUUGGUGGUAUCAGGGGAUCAGUCUGUAAAGAUUAUAUAGCUACAGAAUGCUGUCAACCUUGUGUCAUGUGCCAGUUACAGCGAGAACUAGAGUACAUGGGACUCUAAUCUGUGUAUAAUAACUACAUCGAGAACUCAAAUGCAUGGGACAUGCAUUUUUAUUAUAUACCUAUAUAAAUUCUGUCAAAAAUGCAGUGUGUAUUUCACAAGACAAUAUGUACAGGCAGAAAAAAAUAUCCGUAUUGUACCUUUUGUAUUGUAUGUUACCGGGUUACUUUCAUUUUAUAUGCAUAAUCUGACACACUUCUAUAAAUAGCGCACAUAAAAACUUUACUCGUUUUUAUUUUAACAUCGACAAAGAUUUAAAUAAGGCAUAUAUUAAAAGGGUUAUAACAACAGUAGCUAAAUCUGGGAUUUUGUAUUCUGCUCUCGUGGAUUUUGCAAGACCGGAUCACACUCGGUAGUUGUGAGCCUCGUGAGAUCCGAUCUGGCAAAAUCCACUCGAGCCGAAUACAGCACACCAGACCGAGCUACUAUUAUAAUUACUCUAUUGUAUUUUACUAAUACAACGGGAACUGGAAUGUAUCCGGACCUUUAACCUGUAUUUAAGAAUAUAUGGAACUUUUACCUGUAUUUGACAGAUUAAUAUAUUGUCGGUUCCUUGUUGUCUUUUAGUGGUGAUAUAUUAUAUCAUAAUCAACCCACUGUUUCCAGUAUUAAGUGUUCUUCAGAAAAAAAAAAUACAGCAGAACCGUGUUUAAAUAUAUCUGGUUAGUCGCCUGCAGAAUUAAAUUACGCUCGGCAUAUAACUGAUUCGGAGUGUUUAGAUAAGUUGAAACAUGCACCUGUUAUAUGUUUUUUAUGAUUCUUAUAUGUCUUUAAUGUAAACAAUUGAUGAAUUAGGAAAAGAACAUUUAUGGUGAAAUAUAGUAGGCCGACGUGACGUAAACACAAAACCAUGUUCAAUUAAGAUUUUAUUAAAGGCGUUACAGUAGAUGGAUCAUUUCAAUGUGUGUUUUUAUAAGCUUAACACCGUUCUAUUAAACAUUUCUAUUCUAAAACGUCUUUAAUAUAAAAUAAUAGAUCAAAUUUGAUAGCACUCUUUCCAGCCAUUUAUAGCGCCAAAUAAAAGAUUAACGUGACAUCAAUAUUGCCUUGUUUUACUGAAAAUCUUCAUGUUUUUGUUUUCAUAUCAGAAUGAAAAAGAAUGGUAAAAUGUACGGAAAAACAUUUGAACUCGUACGACAUACUGUAGAGGUUUAUAAUUUCUAACAAGACAAAUAGUCGUCCCUUCUUAUUUAGAUAUAGAAAAAAAUUAUAAAUGUGUAGAACUGUAGAACUAUUUAAUUUUUUCCAAGAUGAGUAGAUCUGCAACUUUGUAAAGAUAAUUAAAAGCAUAAUAUAACAAAUUGUCUGUCUGUUUUACAUACAAGAUUAUAAAAAUCUUACAUGCCUGCAGGUGUAAGACGGGGGUUUCCCUUCCCGAGAGACAGUGUGGAAUGGAAAACCGAACGAUAGCGAGGUUUUUUAUCCAAGCUGUCCCGAAGGUUGGGAAAACAGCUGUCUUACACAGGCAGACAUGUUAGAUAAUUUUUCUUGCCUAUCACGUCGCUCAAAAUAGAUCGUGGAGACUAUUUCCUGACAUUAUUUAUUUAGUUUGUGACGUCACGAUAGUGCCAGUACUAUGUGAAGUCACCUUAGUGCACGCUAUUUUAGACAAGGUUUUUCCUUAGGGAAAGACAGGAAUAUCUAUCCCCAGCACGUGCUCGGAUAAAUGUAUACUUUCCCCGCUAGGUAGGCAAAAAUAUAAGGAUCUUACAUGCCUGCCUGUUUAAGACGGUGUUUUUCCUACCCGAGGGACAGUGUGGAAUUGAAAACCGAGCGUUAGCGAGGUUUUUUAUCCAUGCUCUCCCAGGGUAGUGAAAACAGCUGUCUUACACAGGCAGACAUGUUAGAUCAUUUUUCUUGCCUAUCUUGUUCAAAAUAGAUCGUGGAGACAAAUUGGUUUGAGUAUUUCCUGACAUUAUGUAUAAAGUUUAUGACGUCACAAUGGUACUAGUACUAUGUGACGUCACCUUAAUGCACGCUAUUUUAGACAAGGUUUUUCCCUAGGGAAAGACAGGAAUAUGUAUAAGUUAGAUAAUACAUAAAAGUGUGUUACCGGCUGGUAUCAUCAUGCGCGGGGGAAUCUCAGGGAACGUAAUUUGGGUAGCAAACGAGCCUCGUAGAGGCGAGUUUGCUAUUAAAUUACGUUCCCUGAGAUUCUCCCAAGAAUGAUGAUACUCGCCGGUAACACACGCGUAUGUAUUGUCUAACUGAUUUAUUGCAUGAUUAAAAACAGUAAACUGAACACGUUUUAAAUAUCUUAAAUUUGAAAUAUUUAAAAAUAUUUCCCCUCUUGAGCCUCCCUUAGAAACAUUUCAUGAUAAACCCCCAACUGCCAUAUUUAUUUAAAAGCUAGAAGAUGUAAAAUUGUGCAUGCUUCACAUCAGAGAUCCCUUUUUCAAAAUUUUAAAUAAACUAGGCCUACUGAAAAAAAAAGUUAUAAAAAAGUGCAUAGAUAAAAUUGAAACAUUCUUUAUCAAUUGGUGUAAUUAUUUUUAAAGCAAAAAGUUGUGAAAUAGAGUUUCAAAACUAAUUUAAACUAACUGCUAAAAAUUUGAAUUUGCCGGGGGGUGGGGGCGGCGCUAACGAGGUCACGAACCCCGGAGAAAUAGAGAAUGUAAACAAUUCCCACAUGGCUAAUUUUAUCAACAAACCUGACAAGCAGAAGGUUUGAUGUAUCAAUGAAAUUAGAGCAUAAGUGUAAAGCUUUGCCAGAAACGUAAUUUGAAUUUUAAACUGAAUAGAAUAUCAUAAUCAUUUUUGCAGUUAUAUUUUUAUGUUAUUUAAAAAUCAAGUUUUAAAUCAAGAUGUAGAGAACUAAACUACAGAAUUACAGUAAUAAAUUAUUUCAAAUAGC